AUGGGAAUGUCUCUCCAGAUGGAUACCGUGGACGCAGACGAUAGUUAUGCGUUGAUGCGAGACUACAAAGCAAGCUCACGAUUACUGGGUCAGCAUCACUUAUGGAAGAUGGAAUUGGGCUAUUUGAUACACCCGAGCAUACCGGUGCCAGCACAACCUCGCAUAGCUGACGUCGCAACUGGAAACGGAUGCUGGCUUUUAGACGUGGCGUCAAAUCUACCAGAGCCUUAUAAUCUUCAUGGCUUCGAUAUCAGUCUCGACCAGGUGCCGGUCACUACCCAAGACCCGACGUCGUUCUCCACAAUCCGCUUCCACACCUGGGACAUCUUCAAGGAUCCGCCGAAGCCAUUCGUAGGAGCCUUCGACAUCCUGCAUACACGACUCAUCACCGUCGUGUUCCGCGAGAACGAGCAGGUCAUACCUAUUAUUGAGAAUCUGAAGAAGCUCUUGAAGCCCGGAGGCUAUUUGCAAUGGGAAGAGGUCGACAAUACGGGGUUUCAUGUCAUACCAAACGCAAAAGGCACCCCAUCUCCCGCAAUGGAAGAGGCUUUGGUCCAGUUAUGCAGCUCUGGAAAGGGCGAGUGGAAGCAACACGGUGCACGCUUCCUCAACGAAAAUUGUUUCUUUAAUGCUCAGCAAUUCCACAUCGAACCUAGCGAAAACCUUGGCAGGCACUGGACCGACAUUUACCUUGCAUGCUGGGCUGAAUACGUUGAGCAAGUACUAGGUAAUCCGGAAAAGGCCAAGAAGAUGGGCGACCAGGCAAUGCGAGAAGCCCGUCGAGGAGCUGUCAUAGUCAUUCCAGUGUGGAUCUGGAUAGCGCAGAAAGCGCCGAAUAUGCCAAAGAUCCCUGAUGACAUACCGAAUGGUCUUCGAGGAUCAAGCACCAUCUCACGGCCGAGCAGUCGCAAUGGUCUGCCAAAUAACCACAGCAAUCACGCCAGCUUCGUGAGCAACACACAGUUCCUGCAAGAUCCAAGAAAUCCCGUUAGAGGCAUCAGCGUGAAUAGCUCGGUACCUGGUGUCACAACGCCAUCAGAACGCUCACCCCUGAGCCCUUAUCCGAACGGUAGCUAUACCAAUGGUAGCCAAUUGACCCACAGCGUUACGAAUCUGGAUCGAUCGCCAAUCAGCUCGCAUCUCAACGGUAUCGCUCUGUCAAGCGAUGCCCAGAACCGCAGUCCCCGAUCUCCUGGGCCUCAACCCCAUCACAACUCUCCGCCACACAGCUUCAUUGAUCAUGGGCUGCCAACCGCUAAUGGCAUGAAUGGCUAUCGCGACAACCCACCGCACGGCAUAUCCUACCGCAACGAUGAAACGGACGCCAGAUCCAUUGGCAACAACAAGCAAGGGUCCCUACACCGAAGCAAGUUUUAUCGCAGCUUGAAGAAGUUGGUAGUAUGA